AUGUUGGAAGCGACUCGGCGAUGGUUCCGUCGCAAUAGGACGCCUCUCGCCGUCGGCGUGGGAGUCGUCGGCGCUGGCUACGUCGUGACUCAGUACGUCCUGAGCAAAAUCAACGAUGCGCGGGAGCGCAUGGGCAGCGACCGCAUCGCAAAGGAGAACAGCCUCCGACGCCGAUUCGAGCAGAACCAGGAAGACUGCACCUUCACCGUCCUCGCUCUCCUUCCCUCGGCGACGACCAACAUCCUCGAGGCGAUGAAUACGGAGAAAAUCACGUACGAAAUCCAGAAGAUGAAGGGCCAGACAAAGAGCCUUAAGGCCGGCGAUAGCGUCAGUCCCCCGAGUAUUGCAGACACCACCAUCACCGAGGACGACGGUCGGAGCAUGGUCAGCAGCAGCGUCCAGAGCGAGAGCGGCGUACAUGCGAGCAUGGUGACGGUGCCGGGCGCUACCUCGGUGCCCACGGGAGGAGCUGAGGGUGGUGUGUCGCAGGAUGGCGGCGCUGCCGCUGCUGUGGCUGCGCAAAAGAGCAAGAAGUCCAAGAGGCAGUUAUGGGACGACUUGACAAUAAGCUCCAUCACGAGAGCGUUCACGCUGUUGUACACCCUCGCGCUGCUGACAAUGCUGACGAGGGUCCAACUCAACCUCCUCGGCCGCCGAAGCUACCUGUCGAGCGUGAUAACCCUCGCCACGGGCACCGCUCAGGCCACUAUCAGCCUAGAGAACAACGACGAUGAUGGCCUCGACCAGCCCUACGGCAAUGACUUUGAGACUAACCGCCGAUAUCUGACGUUCAGCUGGUGGCUACUCAACGAGGGGUGGAAGGAGCUCGGUCAACGCGUCGAGGCCGCCGUCCGCCAGGUCUUUGGCCACCUCAGCCCACGUGACCUGCUCAGCUUCGAGCAAUUCUCGGAACUGACGCUCGCAGUGCGCAAGAUCGUUGAGGGCGCCACGCCCGAGGAGCGCAGAGCGGCCAAGUGGCUGCCCUACCUCCUCCCGCCGCGGGACCGCGAGGAUCACGUGCUGCGUGAGUCGGGCAUCCUUGAGGAGAGCAUCGUGGUGCUGUCCGAAAGCACUACGUCGCAGUCGCCAUCAUCGUCACCCGCUGUGAGGAGGCUUCUGGACGAGACAUCGGACCUCAUCGAGUCCCCUUCCUUUACACAUGUGCUCACUCUCAUCCUAGACGGGGGCUUCUCCCUGCUCGUGGACAAGAAGCUCGCAUCGGCGGCGUUCGACAAGCCGGACCUGGCCGAGUCGGAGCCGCGCACCUCGCAGGUCGUGCUGUUGCCCAAGAUUCUCUCGGUGCUUACGCGGCAGGCGCACGCCAUCGGCAACGGCAUGCCCAACGAGUAUCUGCAGGAGAUGGAGCAGGUGGCCGACCUUGAGGGUUUUGCUGCCGUCGUGUACUCGAGUAACUGGGCGAACGAGAUCCACGACGAUGAGGGUGGCAUCAUGGCGAGCGCCGUGGACAUUCGCGCUAGCCAGGGCACCACGACCGCUACCAAUAUUCCCAGCCAGACGCAAGGGACGACGCAGGGGACUGGGGAGGAGAGCGUCAUCAUGGUGAACCCGGCAACCAGCUUCGAGAGCGCAUGGGGCCGGGCCGUGGAUAGGAAUUAG